AUGACUGAGCAGCUGUACAAGCAAGUUGAUGGGGGAUGGACUGAGGCUGAAUCUGUGCCAAAAAGCUAUGGUGGUACAGGUCUCUUCAAGUGUGAAAAAAUGUUCUCAGCAGCCACAGAAGAGUCAGCAAGUUCAUCAGGCACAGAAACCUCUGAAGGAGAAAAACAGCAGGAGCAGCAAUCAGGCACUACUGAGGAGCAACAUACAUUAUUUGGACAAUUCAAGUUAAGCUUUUCUUCGCCAAAGAUGCAAGGUUAUCCUGUAUUUAAAUGUCUAAGCGGGAUGAGUGAGCCUGUUGUCAGCAAGGGCCAAGAGAUUGCAGAAGAUGUGAUCGAAAGAUGGGAAACCAGUGAUAAUCCGAUUGUUCACAAGAUUCAGGACAUGAAUGAGACGAUAUUUUCAGGAAACAGAUUCUGCAUCAACUUUCAAAGAAAUAUGCCGCCGAGUUCCGGAGAUAUUGAGACCUUGAAGAAGUAUUGCAGCAAGGAAGUGAUUGAACGGUGCACGGUAGAGCGCGCAGCUUUCCAAAGUCAUGGUUCAAGAGACAAAGAUGAUGGAAAAUUCCCCAAUAAUCAUCGUCAGGUUCUAAACGCAACAAAUCCACUGCAUUGGCGACAAGGAUGGCGAAAUCAAAGAAGGAAGCGAGGACACAAUACACACGGUGUACUACGAUUGGGCAAUGCAGCAGAGUUAGGAGAAGAAGCUAUUUAUCCGAUUUGGAAGCUGAGAGAGAUGCAGAGAAUUGGUGUUCAAGCUCUCAUUUGA